CCAUAGAAGGAAGCAUGUAUGGAAGCUGCCAAGUACACCCAUCACAAUGCAAACAACAAGAAUCACCAAAACUUCUGAAGGGAAAUCCCAUGUCAAUCCUCUUACAAUAAGAGCAAUCAAAAUGGCCAAGUGCCUUCCUGACGAUGCAUGGAAAAUUUGUGCUUUUUGUGGUAAUUGAACAAUAAAAAACGGAAGCACAGAUAUAAUGAAAAAAAUCAAAGAAAUGCACGUUGGAUGAACCGGCUGAAAGCCGCUGAACCAGCUGGAACCGGCCAGUGGGACCGAAAGGGGCCCGGUCGGUUCUUGUGAAGCGACGUCGUUUUGCGCGUUAUUAAGAAAAAGAACGCCUCAGUCCUCACCCCCAUUCCUCUUCGCUAAUCGCUACAGUACCCCCACCCCCAGAACACAACUUUUCACAGAAGUCUCCCCCACCGGCGACGCCGGCCAUUCCGCUCAGUCACCUUGACACCUUCAGAAAUCAGAACCAAGCUUCCCUCUCUCAAAGAAAGAAAAAAAGGUGACAAACCCUAGCCUCCAUUGUCGCCGACGUUCUUCUCACCGCCGUCGUCCCGCCGUUCUUCGCCAGCUUCUUUUCUUGGCGCGUCGCCAGCUUCUUCGCCUGGUCCAGCGGCCUCGUCGUCCGCCGCCAGGUCCAGUUCCUCGCGUCGCCAGCUUCUUUGCCUGGUCCAAGUUUCAUCGUCCGUGGUGUUCUUGUCGCUGCCGUCACAUUCUUGCUCCCUCUCGUUCAUACUCUUCUCGUUCCAAGACCAACGAAGGGAGAUUUGAGCGAGGAUUUUGGCUACAAAAUAGUGAAAUUUUAAUGAUCACUCGUAAACCUCGUGUAGAUUAGAUUCACAUGAGUUUGAAUUUUGAAAAGAUUUAGGCUUUUUCUUAAAAAAAAAUUAUCUUUUAUCAUUUCCUGUGUUCGUUCCGACAUUGGUUCUGCAUCAUCAUGUAGACUACAACUGAAUUUUAAGAAAGAUAUUUAGAAUCUUAAAUUUUUCAAAUCUUUGCUCAAUAGUUGGCUGUCUUUGUGGGUUUGUUGUUAGUGAAGAUUCCUUCACCAGCGAGAUUCUCGGGUAAAUCUUCAAUAAUGAAAAAUCCCUCUUUUUGUGAAACUUAGAUUUGAUUAGAUCUUUUUUUUUCCCUCUCAGAUUAUGGUUCCGGAUUCUGUGUGUGUUGCUGUUUUGAGAUAUCAAAAAAAGAGUUUGACCCUAUCCUUGUUCUGAUUCUCUUGAAGAUUUUUCAUUUAUGUUUAAAAGAUUCUGUUCUAGAUUUUCCGAAAGCACACACAUUAUUCGAGAGAGAGAGUAGCUGGCAAGCAUUCUUUUAUUCUUUUUUCUUUUCCAAUUAAAUGGAAGAUGAUCAUAAUACAAAAGUAGCUCAAGAGCUUCAAAUACAAAACUAUAGUAGCGAUGGUAAUGGGAAUGGUAGUGGCGGUAGCGGCGGCGGUAGAUCUUCGAAGAAGCCGAAGCAGAGAAAGGUGCCACAGAGAGGACUUGGUGUGGCAAAGCUUGAGAAGAUAAGGAUAGAAGAACUGCAGAAGAAGAAUUCUGCUACCCUUCAAUUGCAUCAACAAGAAGAUCCAAUUGCAUCAACAAAACCUACAUAUAUGCAUCCACCGAUCCAAAACUUUCAUCACUCAAUUCAACCUGCUCCUAGAUCACAAGCUGAAUUUAGGCCUAUGUCACUCCAACAACAGAUGUUGGAUGCUAAGGUUCCGGGCACCGGCACUGUUCCAUUGACAAACAGUUCAGGAUUUGAGAAGGAGAUGUUUGUGGUUGAUCCUGCAGCUAUACAGUUUCUACCAAGCUUUUCUUUUGAAUCCAAUCCUUUUUGGCCUUUGCCUAAUUUGGGGCCGAGAGCACCACAAUUUCAUCAUCAAUUGACUUCCAUGGUUAAUGUCUCGCCGUCCGGAAUGUCAACACCACCAAUGCUUCAUUACUCAAAAGAGCCCCCUUCAAACCAAAAUUGUAAUGUUAACGACCUGUUAGCAAGGCAAGCCGAGAAGAUUAUUGGCGUGAAGAGGCCUUACCCCUUCUGCCUGGAUGCUCCUCCUGUGCCUGCUUACAAUUAUAAGUUGCAUCCGUUUGCCGAGAUGCAAAUGAAUGCUGCAACUUUGUGUAAUAGUGGAUUCAAUUAUGAUGCUGGCAAUUCAAGUCUAAGGGAACUGCCAUCAUGUUCUGCUUCCAACUCAGAGCUAAACUCAAGGAAAAGAAGCAAAGAAAAUGAGAAUUUCAAUGGAGAUUUUCUAACAUUGGCUCCUCCUACUCCUACUUCAUCCCCGCCUUCACAGACGAAGCCUUUUUCGGCUUUCCUAGAGAUUCCCAAUCAGGACAAUCCUGAAUCUGAAUCUCCAUCUUUUCAGGGUACUAUAGAAGAUCAAGUUCCCCAACCGCAAGCGUUCAACCGGUUCAAUCAACAGGAGCAACCUUUUUAUUAUUUCUUCCCUCCGGCGGCCCAUGAGUUGCAAACCGGACUUUCAACAGCUAGAACUCCCAAUGUUAAUGGAGCUAAAGAAAAUAUUGAUCUUAAUUUGAAACUUGGAAAAUAGAAGAUCAAGUUUCAUCCUCCUAGUUUCAUAUGUAUUAUGAUCAAACUUUUAGGCCAGUUGUUCCUCAUUAUGAAACUUUUCAUAGUCAUAUGUUAGGUUAAAUUUUUUGCAAAGUGGGUAGAUGUUUCUAUGUUUGCACAUGUAAAAGUUUGAGUCUGAAAGGACUUGAAAUCGUGGCCAUGUGUAAAUAGAGAUGUUGCAUUACUUUGUUUCUUUUUACAUAAAAUACUAAAUAUAGGGAUGACCUCUCACCAA